AUGGAGCAUGGCACUUCUCUACCUAACCAAGAUAUGGAUAUGGAGCAAGGAUCGGAUAGUAGUAAAACAACCUACACACAAAUCAUAUUAGCCUCUACACUCGGCUUAAUCAUUGCUGCAGCACUGCAUUUACGUCUUAAAAAGGCCAGAAAUUCAAGGAUUGUCCCUUUGAUAAGAGUUGCAGACAACGGGCAACCUGUUAAACUUGAAAGGUUCUCCCAUUAUGUUGCUAGGCAAUUGGGGUUUGCUGAUAAAAGGGAAUGUCCACACCUGUGCAAGUUAGCUUCUGAGUAUUUGAAAAAAUCUGAAGGAAUUGAGGAGAAUAUCUAUGCGUUCUUUGCUGAUAACCUAGAAGUUGAUUCCUUGUUUGUAAAGCUUGUUGAGGAAUUUGAAAGAUGCAUCCUUAGUUACUUUGCUUUUCAUUGGAGGCAUGCUCAUACUAUGAUCAGUCAGGUGUUGGGUUCUGAUUCAGAGCCCAAGAAGAAGCUCAAGCACAUCGUCAUGGCAGCAACUAGGGAACAGAGGUUCGAGAGGGUAACAAAGAAUCUAAAAGUGGCAAGAGUAUUUACCACAUUGGUGGAGGAGAUGAAAGCAAUUGGACUUGCAGCUGCCGAUGAUUCACAAUGCACGGAUGUAAUGGUUCCAAUGGCCCAUAAAGACAGGAGUCCUGUCCUUCUCUUUAUGGGUGGUGGAAUGGGUGCAGGGAAAAGUACUGUCCUGAAGGAAAUUCUAAAGGAACCAUUCUGGGCAGGAGCAGCAGGGAAUGCUGUUGUAAUAGAGGCAGAUGCUUUCAAAGAAUCUGAUGUUAUUUAUAGAGCACUUAGCUCUAGGGGUCAUCACGACAUGCUUCAAACAGCUGAACUGGUGCACCAAUCAUCUACAGACGCUGCAUCAUCUCUCCUAGUCACAGCACUUAAUGAAGGGCGGGAUGUAAUCAUGGACGGCACUCUCUCCUGGGUCCCCUUCGUUGUACAAACAAUUACAAUGGCAAGGAAUGUUCAUCGUCGCCGUUAUAGAAUGGGAGUUGGUUACAAGGCUGAAAAUGGAGUUGUAACUGAAAACUAUUGGGAACAUUGUAAUGAAGAAGUAGAACAAGAUGGAACUAAGAAGAGAAGACCAUACAGGAUAGAGCUAGUUGGCGUGGUUUGUGAUGCUUACAUGGCUGUAGUUAGAGGCAUACGGAGAGCUAUCAUGUGUAAAAGAGCUGUGAGGGUAAAAUCACAAUUAACCUCACAUAAAAGAUUUGCAAGCGCAUUUACAACAUACUGUAACCUAGUUGAUUUUGCAAGAUUGUACUGCACCAACGCCUUGGAAGGUCCACCAAAGUUGAUAGGAUGGAAGGACAAAGAAAGAAAUUUAUUGGUUGAUCCAGAGGAGAUACAUUGUUUAAAAACAAUCGGGAUGUUGAAUGAAUCAGCAGACUCCAUAUAUGAGCUCUAUAAGGCCACCCAUGCUCUCAAGGAAGGUGCUAUCUGGAAAGACAUUGUGCUUUCACCUUCAAGAAUGCUCAUUCAGCGAGAGCUUAAGUUUUCAAUCCAAAAAGUUGAAAGCAUGAAAGAUUAGAAGACUCAAUUUUUUUUAUUUUGUCAAGAACACUUGAAUUCUUGAUAGUGUCCAAAGUAAUUACUUUUCCUCCCAAAACUGUACUAAAACGUUUCUAGGAUUUUGUAGAGUAGUGAUGGAGCCAAAUAUUUGUUAGCGCUCCAAAAACAUUACUCGACUGUAUUUAACAAUAACUCACACAAAAAUGAAAAGAAAGAAAGAAAGAGCUUCACCUGC